AUGCAUCCUCAAGAGGAAGGCCAGUCUGGCUCCAGCUGUGGCUCAGGGGGAUGCUGGAGCCAUCGGAGGGGCCCUAGGCCCCCGAAGGAGGGCCCAACAAGACUAGCACAAAGAUUACUGUUACUUGAAGAAAUGGAGAAUGAUCACAGUGGCCAGAAGACUGAAAAAAAGUCAUCUCAUAUAAAAGCAGCUAAGCUAGCCUAUACAAGGAAUCAGAACCUUUUAAAUGAUAUAAGAACAUUAGAAAAGAUACUUGAAAAAAAGGUACAUAUACGAUCACAUCCUGAAAUGGUUAGUCUUGAGACUCUCUACUGGGCAUCAGCACAAGAACAGGCCCCCAAGUGGGAGCAGUUUCUUUUAGGAAGAACACAAUAUCCCAUUGGUGUUAGAUAUCAAAAUCCAGCAAGAAAUGACGUCAGAGAUGUCACAGAGAGAUAA